CCGCCACCACUCCCCUCACUGCUCCAAACCGAAACCCUCGCCGUCUCCUCCCCCAGACCCCCUCCUCCACCGGCGGCCAUGGACGACGCGCAUGUGAUCCAGGGCAUCUCCUGGAGCGAUAUGGUCGCGCACAUGGAGCGCGGGGGCAUGGACCGCGGCAUGGUGUAUUUCGGCUACAACCUGAUUCUCCACUACGUGUACAGCUACCUCCCCGACCCGCCCGUCUCCCCCGCCGCCGCCCUCUCGCUCUCCGCCGCGCCGUCGCCCAACGACGGCGUCGACCGCAUCAGUCGCCUCCCCGACGCGGUCCUCCGCGACAUCGUCUCCCGGCUCCCUGCCAAGGACGCCGCGCGCACCGCCGCCCUCGCCUCGCGCUGGCGGCCCCUCUGGCGCUCGGCUCCUCUCACUCUCGCCGACAGCCACCUGCUUCCGGACGGCGGCGCGGGGGGUCAGCUCGUCAUCGGCGCCGCCUCUCCCCGCGCCGUCACCGCCGCGGUGUCCCGCGUCCUCGCGGCGCACCCGGGCCCUUUCCGCUGCGUCCACCUCACCCGCACCACCAUGGAGGAGCACCGUGGCGAGAUGGCCCGCUGGCUCGACAUCCUCGCCGCCAAGGGGGUCCAAGAACUCGUCUUUGUCAACCGCCCUUUGCCGAUAGACCUGCGCCUCCCCGCCACCAUCUUCAGCUGCGCCUCCCUCACCCGCCUCCAUCUCGGCAUCUGGAGGCUCCCGGACACCGCCGCCGUACCGCGCGCCGCCAGAUUCCCCAAUCUCCGGGAUCUCGGCCUCUACUGGAACUCCAUGGAGGACCGUGAUCUCGACUUCAUGCUUGAAAGAAGCCCCGUCCUGGAGUCCCUCUUCAUCUUGGGAUUCCAGAGCGGAUUGCGCCUCCGCCUCGUCAACCAGAGCCUGCGGUGCAUUCAGCUGGGCUUUUCCUUCGCGGAGGACAUCGACUUGGUGGAUGCCCCUCGCCUGGAGAGGCUCUUUCAGUUCGCCGAGCUCACCGAGUCCCCCAAGAUGAACAAUGGCCGCUCCACCAGGAAACGCUCUUCUGUGAUCAAGAUUGGCUCUGCUCCUAAACUGCGUGUGCUGGGAUACCUUAAGCCAGGAGAGCAAGAGCUGGCUGGGAACAAGGAGAACAUUGUCCCUAGUGUGCAGAUUUUGGGCAUAGAGGUGCAAUUCGGUGUCCGCAAUACUGUCAAGAAAGUGCCUGGCUUUCUCAGAUGCUUCCCCAACCUGGAGACGCUCCAUGUCCAGUCCCGCCCCAUAUCUGAAGAGUCCACUGGCAAGGUGAGUGUCAAGUUCUGGCAAGAGGGCGGUCCCAUCAAAUGCAUCCUGCAGAGCAUCAAGAAGGUGUUCUUCUAUGAGUUCCGAGGGUCGAGAAGCGAGGUUUCUUUCCUCAAGUUCGUCGCGGAGAAGGCUCGGGUGCUGGAGCAGAUGGUGGUUGUGGUGUGCAUAGAGUGUUUCUCCCCGGGGGAUGAUAAUGUGAGGGUGAAGCUGAAGCCCCUAACCAGCGCAAAAUGGAACAGCAAAGCUUGCAGACUAGAGCUCUUCAGGAGCCCGGUCACUGACGGUUCAGGUCCUGCUUACAACCACGAACUAGCUUCUGAUUUUGAGUUUGCUGACCCUUUUGACCUCAAGUACUACAAAAAAGCAGGAAGGAUCUCUGUAAGUUAAUUGGUAGCGCCACGCCGUGCCACUUGUUCAAGAAGACUGCUGGUACCUUGCUAGACUUUUUGUUGUGGCAGCAGCUGAAAAACCUACUUCUCUGGCAGCUGUGAUAUGCUUUCUGCAGGCAGUGUAUUACAUGAUGAGGAUGUUUGUGUCCAAUUAAGUCCUAUUAUGUGUCUGGAUGCUAUGUUGUGGCUUGUCGUUUGUUAGUUAUGUUGUUAUCUAUGAAUAGUGAAAGAUGAGUUCAGUUGACAAGGCAGGAAGUUGCUGCUUUUCUUUUCCAGCUUAAACUGUCACAAAUCGUUUGCUGUAAUUGCUCCACUGUAGAAUCUAAACUAUUUACAUGGAAGUGUGUGAUAGAACUCUUCAUGAGGCUAUAAGCAUGCAAAUGCAUCAAA